CGCUUGUGCUCUUGUGUGUGUGUUGUUCCCGCCUGUCUUCUCUUGCUGCUGUGUGCUGUGGGAAAAGUGAGCAAGUGCUUUGCUGGACAUUCCACGCUGUCACGCCUCCACACAGCACACCACGGUCACUUUCCCUCGCUUGUCUCCUUCUCCUCGCGUCAGCAAAGCAGUCACAAGAUGGGUUCAGUGUUCGCGAAAGCGCUCUCCGGCCUUUUUGGCAAGAAGGAGAUGCGUAUCCUCAUGGUUGGUCUUGAUGCCGCUGGUAAGACCACCAUCCUUUACAAACUCAAGCUCGGUGAGAUUGUGACGACAAUUCCCACCAUUGGCUUCAACGUGGAGACAGUCGAAUACAAGAACAUCAGUUUCACAGUGUGGGAUGUCGGUGGUCAGGACAAGAUCCGCCCCCUGUGGAGGCACUACUUCCAGAACACACAAGGUCUUAUCUUUGUGGUUGACAGCAACGAUCGCGAGCGUAUUGGAGAGGCGCGCGAGGAGCUGAACCGCAUGCUUGCCGAGGAUGAGCUCCGCGAUGCCGUGCUUCUGGUGCUUGCCAACAAGCAGGAUCUUCCCCAGGCCAUGAACGCGGCCGAGAUCAACGAGAAGCUUGGUCUGCACCAGCUCCGCAACCGCGAGUGGUACAUCCAGGCCACGUGCGCAACUAACGGCGAGGGUCUCUACGAGGGUCUCGACUGGCUGUCGUCCAAGCUCAAGAACGCCAAGUAAACGCCCUUCCCUCCCAUGCCUGUCGCCAUAUCAUUUAUGAUGUGCGUAAUACGUGUGUCUUGUGUGUUUACCUAGCGUUUGUUGUUUCUUCCUCCAUACCACCACCACCAACAACAACAACAACAACAACAAUACCACCUGUGCCUCCUUUCCUUGCAAACUCCUUUUUUGGCUUUUGUUUUGCUGAAGCCAACUGGCGGUCUUUGCUUCCACACUUUCUCUCGUUCCUUGUCUCCCCCGCCCCCUCCGCAUACUUCGCUUGAGCAUGUAGCUCUGUGUCCGUGCAUGUCGUGGUGAUGCGAGGCUUUGUCCUUGUGCCUUGUGGACAUGUGCGACUGCAGCCUUUGUGCACGUGUACAUGUCUUUGGGGUUAGGGAUGGCCCUCCUUUUGGUGUCUUGUAUUCGGCUCUUGUUGUUGUUCUUGUGCCCCUCCCUUCUCUUUUCUCGUCAUCCUCCCCACUUUGUGAUGAUGAUGAUGGUGUUUGUGUGUUUCCUUUGCUUGAUCGGGGAGGAGCGGUCAGCUUGUCCGUGUUGUGUGUACCUUGUCGUCGGUUACGCCCACUCUUGUCCUCAUUCGCCCUCGUUUCCCUUCCCGCUCCCUUUUUUUCUCUCUCUCAGCAGUAAAGUUGAUGAACUGAC